AUGAUAUUUUUCAGCAAUACGUUCACCGAAUCAAAAGCUCUCCAGCAACAACAACAACAGCAGCAGCAGCAACAGACUGCUGAAAAUGCUAAAAAGACAAAUGCAAAUAUUUUGAGUCAACCAUCGCAUGAUGUUUUUGUACAAUACAACCAAAGUUUCCGUCGAACGGAUCGUAAACGUUAUGAAGAAAUGCAACAACGAUCAAACGGCACCGAUCAUCAAACUCGUACUUACGAGUGUAUCGACGCAGCGUUAACCGUUCAAACUUUCUUCCAUAAUCUUUCACUGAUUUCUCAAGGAUUUCUUUCCGGAUUAGCCGUUGCACAUGCUGUUUUUGCAUUCGUUCUUGCUCGAAAGGACAUGCUAGAGGAAGGCUACAAUUGGAUUGCGAUGCCAGUACAUGCAACUUUCUAUAUUGGCUUCGUGAUUAGUGCAGUUUCUGCGCUGGACAGAUUUGAGUUCACCAAUGGCUUUAUGGAGACGUUGAAGAGUUUGCUGAAUCAUCAGUGCGCAGUGUUGGGCAUUUUAUUUUGGACAACUGGACUUUGUGCCACCGUUACAUCAACGCCUUAUGAUGAGUGCUUAGCAGUUUCAACGAAUCUCAAAAGUUGUCAGAUCGAGUUGGGUGUGAGUCCGCACCUGAUCUGGCGUUGGUUGAGCGCUGUUCGUGCGAUUGCUGCGCUUUCUGGUUGGUUUUUACUGGCACUUUCACCAGACACCAAUUCACUACGAGAACGUAUACGACAAGAACAGCAAUAA